UCUUUACCAAAAACCAUGAAUUAAUCCCUUAUAUAAACGCCACGAAAAGAAAAGAAAAAAGGAGAAAAAAGGAGAAAACGCAAAAUAAUUUCUCUUUUGAACGUAGACAAAAGCCACAAUGGAGAGGGACAGGAAGUACGCGCCGAAAAGGAUGAGAACUGACUGCAAGGUGUACGUGGGCAAUCUUGGCAACACUGAAGCCAAACACGAGCUUGAAUCAGCCUUUUCCAAGUAUGGGCCCCUCGUCAAUGUUUGGGUUGCAAGGAACCCCCCAGGCUUUGCUUUUGUGGAGUUUGAAGACCCACGGGAUGCAGAAGAUGCUGUGCGCUCACUGAAUGGAACGCGUCUGUGUGGUGUCCGUGUUAAGGUGGAGAUGUCAACAGGCCGUUCACGCCGGGACAGGUUCCAUUCGCCUCCACGGCGUGGGGGUGGCGGUGGCGGGGGUGGUGGCGGAAGAAGAAGGUCUAGGACUAUCUCGCCCAAAUUACCUCUUGUACCACCACCAUCUACUCCUCCUACUGUUGCUACCACACCACCACCACCAACUCCACCACAGCCACCACCACCACAAGUACUUCCACCACCACUGCUAGUGACAGCUUCAGCCUGCUUAUUCAGUGGAAAUCCAGUGUUUGGGUGUGAGGGUACUGGGAUAGGCACACCCUGGAUGCAUCUGUUACUUGCCACCUGAGGCCACACUGGGAACUCAAGCUCACCUAGCAGAGUAUGACUGUUCCACAAAGCACCGUCAUGCCUCUUCUAUAGGGAAGCCUCGUGCAACAGUGUGGAAGAAGGUGGCAAGCUCUGAUCAGCCAAGGCUUGUGCAGUGGUGGUGGUGUGCGGCACGUUGCCUGAUGGCCAUCCUUCAGCGCCGCACCUCAUGGCACCCGGGCAGUCUAAUACGCUUCACGUGCCCUCUUCUCCCCGCCCGUCUACGCCUGCGCACCAUCAGGCCUGCCCCCCCACUCAUGAUCUGGGUCUCUGACCUUUCAACGCCCGCUCCACUUUCUUACAUUCAUCAUGCCUCCACUCAUCGUUGUGGCUCGCUGCAGUGGUGAUACACUUCUUGUUCGGACCGGUAUCAAUUUCUACAGUCUGUCAGUUUGUGAUGAGCAGUCAAGCGUAGGUCAUUCUCACCUCGCCGCAUGGGUGGCCGAUUCCGCUCAAGGUCUCCAAGGCGGUCAAGGUCACGCUCCCCCAGGUCUGUUUCUCGAUCACCAAGGUCUGUGU